UAUUUGUCCGAUAGUUGCUGAAGUGUGGUGUUGAUACGUCAAUGAAGCCGACGAAGAGCGCCGCUCGGACAAAAGAGAAGAGCGCGCUAAAAUCGAUCGAUCGAUGAGAAAAAUUAACCAGUUGUCAGGCGUUGCACAACCACGUAAAUGAUUUGAAUAGAGGCUUGCGUGAAAAAAAAAAGUCAGUGAUCUGUUUCUACGACAAUAUCAGCGUAAAAAGUGCAUAUUUAUGCCUUAGAUAUAUGAGGAUAACGUUUAUGAACGUCUAAAGUACAACUGGAAGUGCAACGCGUAGUUUUUGUUUUUCUCAAAAGGUGAUCCUUGAAAGAUGUUCCGCUGCCCUCUGAACUCGGUAUUUGUGGCUACCUCAAUCCUGACAGCUGCCAUGGCCGGAUCCGACCAUUGGCUGGGGAAUUUCUGCUCAAAGCCUGGUGAUUGUAGUACAAACGAGUGCUGCCUAGUAGGAAUGUCCCGAUAUUCACGUCCCACCUGCGUUCGCCAAGCGACUGUGGGUGAGAAUUGUUUGAUGGGUGCUCGUCCUGAAAACAAAACGCUACUCUAUCCUGGUGGACGACUCAUCGAAGUUCAUGGAGUUUAUCGGCUUUUCUGCCCGUGUGAAGAUGGUUUAGACUGUUUUGAAGCAGUAUGUCAGCCCAUGUCUUCAAAGGAGGUGUCUCGUAAUGCGCUGUAUGAUAUCGAUAGCUUCGAUUACUCUACACUCAGCGACAGCACUAAAGACGAUAGGUAUGUAGAAUUCGCAUCAUGAGACUCCUAGAUACGCCGAAUGGCAGCGUGCACUAAGGACUACGUGCAGUCCAGCUGUGACACGGCAGCUAGUUAAACAGCUGCAGAGACUAUUGCUGUGAAAUUUUCUCUAACGUUCAUUCCUUCGAAGCUUGGAACAAGUACUAGUUUGAAAACAGAAAUUAAAUUUAUCACUUACUGCAAGACAAAUUGGUAUGUACAUUUCUAAGUCCGCAGCAUCGGGGUUGGCCUCUGGUAAAACAAAUUGUAUCGGACAACAAACACUUUAGCCUUUGCGACUAAGUUGCGUCCGUACCAUACAAUGAUGAACACUAAGAAAUAACCUUAUGUGAUUUAGUAUGUAUUUACAGUUCUUUAACGCGGUUCGUUUCGAGGUACCGCUAUUCUGAAACCAUAUUUCUAUAAUAUACAUAUUUUUGUUGAUAUAGAAAUGCUUUGUUCAGCUUCUUUAAGGCAUUAAACCAUGAUACUUCGAAGUUCAGAAGAAGCAAAAGCUCGUCGAAGAAUGACAAGAAGAGACUUUUUUAGCAAUACGCCAUCUGUAUCAAAUUAUUUAUAUUGUUCAUGCAUGUCUCGGGUAUCCUCAUUAACAGAAUUAGAAUCGUGGGCCUAUAUGCGGUAUCUGUUGUGCCAGAAACUUAAAAAACAUUCAAGGAGUUAAUACUAAAAUGAUCCGAUCAAUGAGAAUGACCCGACUGUGUGAUAAGUGUAAUUUAAUUAUACAUAAUGCAACGAUGAUGUGUCAAAAUCUAAGAAAUGUGAUGAUAAGCCUGAUCGAGCCUGAGGUUAAGAGUCUCAAUUUCUUGUCAAGCAAACAAUGGAAACUAGUCGACCUGGUGUUUUUGUGAAACGCUGAAGUAUUUUUUGGUGUGGUAAAGUCUAAGCAUACAUUAGAAAGCUGACUGUUUAACGCAAUACUUUAUAUUUAUUGUCCGAUGAGAUGUCUAUUGAAUAAAGAAAGAAAUUUAAAAAAAAUACU